GUUAAGUGUAGUUUUCGGCGGCGUUUUCUUUAAUUUUUUAUCAAAUUAAAUUCCUCGCGGGAAACCUCCACCAUCCCUUGUACAUCGCCGCCGUCCACCGUCUCUACGAUCGGGUUUUGGAAUUCCAUGUAAUCUGAAACAAUGGAAGGUGAUGCUGAUGCCAUGGAGAGCUUGAGUUUUGGUGAAGAGACAUAUGAUUGUGACAGUGAGUCUGAGUGUUGUGUUGAGGACUCAGUUGAUGAUGAACUUUUCUAUGCAUCUGGUGAUAUUAUACCCAAAUUGCAGUUUAGGAAAGAGGCAUCAAAGGCACGGUGGAUCGAGGAGUUGGGAAUGGCUGAGGUGUUGGAGAAAAAGGGUAAAAUGUGGACCACAACUGGGAUAGUUCGUGAUGGAAAGACGUACUGCUCAAUUGAAGAAACUUUGUAUUUGGGUGAAAUUGGUGCACUGAAUAUAUUGAAUAGCGAUGAUACUCCCAUUCUGUUGAGUGAUAUAUAUGGAAAGUUAGCAGAAGACAAGAAUAGGCAUGGAUGCUCUUGGGAGUCUUUUGAGGUCUAUCGGCACCUGAAGUUUCUUGGUUACAUAGUUGGUCGCUGUGGCGUUCCUUGGUCUAUUAAGAGUGUUAAGAUGAAAAUGAACGCUCAGGAAGGUAUGUCGGAAUAUGAAAGUAGUAGGGGUGGGGGGUCAAUAGACAACAGUUUCAUCACAGAGAUGUUUGGUAACUUGCAUUUUGGUGAAACCAGACCAGUCUUUGAUGUUUAUCCUCCUAAUAGCAAGUUUAGAAAGUCUUGUCCGGGCACUCCAUCUUUUGUGCUCUGCCUCACCAGUGGCCACCCACCAUCCAGACAAGAGAUCGAGGACCUUGAGACACGCUGUGGUGGAAGUCCUUUAAAGUUCUGUAUUGUCGAGCAUGGGCGGGUCAGUUUUUUGUCGUUCACCAAAGUUGAGCUGCCUAUUCUUCCAUGAUCUUUUUGUUGGAUCCUUACUUGGUAGCUAUAAGAUGAGAUUAUUACAUUACAGCAGCUGAAUUCAGAUAGUUAUUCAGCCAAUACAUGUAACUAAACUUACAAGCUUCCAUAAAGCUUCUUAUGGGACGAAAUAUUCUGUUUUAUGAAUAGAGCAGAUCUGAGUGUCUUGUUCUU